GGGCACGAAAACUAGUACUAUUCAAUCUUUCUCACUAAUUUACUUUAACCUCGACCGAGAGUUUUUCUCAGCAGGCCUAAGCUUUGCUACUAAACUCAGGCUAACUCAAGUGAAGUGUACUACCUAGUAGUAGGUACCCACCUAACCAUGUCUAAACCAUUCAUCGGUAUACUGGGCAUUGAGAGGCUUGUCACCAUGGCAGAUGUGACAUCCAUUGAACAUCCGACACUCAAGGUGCCUUACGAUGUCUUAAACAAGAAAUUUCGUGUGGCUCAAAAAACCCUUGAUAGGGAAGCUUGUCAGGUAACUUCAGCAGUGUCAGAGCUGGAGAAAGUUCUUUUCACAGACAACCGCAGUGCCUCUAACAUAUCAUCGCUCCUUGGUGGUGUGGUUGAGAAGCUGACCAAUUUUAAGCGAAAGGCGGAGGAAGCCACACAAGAUGAGACAGAGUGUGGACGUGUUGUAAAGCGACGAGUUGAUCACCUCAAAGAACAUGACUCCCUCAGUCCAUCUGUUGUGGCUGAGUGGAAACGAACCAGGUUGGAUAGACUGUUGGUAGAGUACUUAUUACGUGCUGGAUGUUAUUCCACUGCUACCAAAUUGGCGAGUGCACGUGGCACAGAAGGUUUAACCAACCUGGAUGUCUUCCUGGUUGCUAGGGAAGUAGAGCAGUCUCUGGCUUGUCGGGACACCUCCAAAUGCCUCUCUUGGUGUCAUGAUAAUAGGAGCAAGCUUCGCAAAUUGAAUUCUUCCUUGGAAUUCAAUGUUCGCAUGCAAGAAUUCAUAGAACUUAUCAAGAAUGAUAGAACAAUAGAAGCUAUCAAGCAUGCAAGAAAAUAUUUGAAUUGCCAUGAUCCAGCUCAUGUGCCUUCAGUACAGCGAUGUAUGGCAUUGAUAGCUUUUCCUGCUAGUACUGAUGUAAGUCCCUAUAAUGAGCUCCUGUCAGAUGUUCGAUGGGAUGAAUUGAUUGAACAGUUCAGGGCUGAAAAUCUCAAGUUGUAUCAACUGUCAUCACAGUCUGCAUUCUCGGUUGUAGUUCAGGCAGGACUCUCAGCACUCAAGACUCCUCACUGUUAUCGGGAGAACUUCUGGAAACAGAAACUCAAAGAUAAAAACUCGCAGGAGCGAAGUCCCAAUGAUGUAGAUCAUUUCUGUAAAAAGGGUGCAACUGGUCAUAAUCCUGAUUGCCCUGUUUGUCAGCCUGCUUUGAAUGCUCUUGCUUCACCACUGCCAUUUGCACAUUGCUCGCAGUCCCGCUUAGUGUGCCAUAUUAGUGGAGAACAACUCAAUGAAAAUAAUCAACCUCUCAUGCUACCAAAUGGACAUGUGUAUGGACAGAAGGCACUUCAGCAGAUGGCUGAUGAAAACAAUGGUUCCAUUGUGUGUCCUCGCACUCGACAGACUUUUAAUAUCAGUGAAGCAGAAAAAGUAUUUGUCAUGUGAAUUGAUUUUGUCCUUUAUGAUAUACAUUAUUUUCCCUUGUGAUAUCUUUAUUAAUACCAGAUUUUUUGUAUAUAUAUGUAGUGUUAUUUGCUCACAUAAGCUGCCAUAAUGAAAUCACAAGGAAAAAUAAGAUAAUACUAUGAAGUUUAUAACUUUUAUCAGAAUCAUGGUGUGUCCUCAUGUGACUGAUUAAAGGAAGGCUUUACUUAUCUAUAUCUACAUAUCUUUACGGAAGGAGACCAAAUUCAGUGGAGACUCGUGGGAUAAAAGUUUUUUACUUGGGAAUAGUUGCAAACUACUCUUCGCAGAGUACAUUUUGUCCACACUGUAAAUGUAAGUACAGAAUAAAAUGUACAUUUUGUACAUGCAAUGUGCAAUGCACAGAAGUGACAUAUUCUUUAAAGCUAGUGGUAUAUGGCCAGUGACUGCAAGAUAAUCCUGGAGCUUCUGUAAAGCUUUGUUUCAAUUUUUUUCAUAUUGUAGAGUCGGCUUUUCUUUAGAACUUGAAGUACGUAUACAUGGAUAACAAUUCUAAUUCGGCAUAUUACAGUACAGAUACACCUAGGGACUGACAUAAGGAGUGCUACCAUUUGAAGUAUUACAAAACUGCAUUACAUACAUGUAUGAGUUGUAGUCUGUUUUAAUUUGGAGUAGACUUAUAUUUUGACUUUUUAAUUAAUCAAAAAGAUAUGCAGAAUUAAGAAUUACAACCAAACUCAGGUACUGUAAAUGUUAAAAACUGAAAAGGGUAUUUUUUUAUUUCAUUAUUCAAGAUUCUUUGUUAUUGCCAGUAAUGUCAAUGGUAUUUGAAAUUGUUAUUAAUCCACCAUUUUUAAUUGAAGAUAUUUGGCAUAAAUAGGUACCAAAACCUGUUGAUUUAAACCACAAACUGUAAGAAUGGAAAUUACAUAAACAGACCAUGUGUUUGUGAAGUUUGCAUAGUAUUUUUUUUUCUUUACUGAAGUCUUACAGUUUUACAUGUUUAUGGUUCUUUCAAGGUACAGUUUGCUUGUGUUUGAUUUUGUAUACGUACCUAUUUUACUAUCAAGAACACAUGAUAAAAACAUUAAAUGAAACAAUGUAUAUAUCAAAGCAAAUUGAAAAUAUUAUUUUAGGACUGCAAAGAACACAAAUACUUUAAGGAAUUGUCUUCCCUCAACAUGUCCAGUUUAUCUUAAUGAUAUUUCUGAGCCAUAUUUUAUAAAAAUUAGCUGUCCAGUCCUGUUCUCAUUUAAAUGUUGAGACUUCUGUAUGAAAGUAAAGAAUUAUAAUUUUGA